GACGAUGAUGGAGCAAACAGAGCUGGUGGAGAAUUUCAGGACUCAGAUGAAAGAGAACGAGGACGUGGCUUCCGCGGUCACGGCCAUCCGCACUCUGCUGGAGUUUUUGAAGCGAGACACAGGAGAAACGAUCCAGGGUUUGCGGGAGAAUCUGACCUCAGCUAUUGAUACUCUGACCAACGAGGAUUCUUCAGUGGCGGUCUCGUCGGGCGGUGAACUUUUCCUGCGUUUUAUCAGCCUGACGUCUCUCGAACUCCCGGAUUACUCGAUGUGUAAGAAGACCAUGAUAGAGAGAGGAGAGCUUUACCUGAAGACGAUCUCCGACUCCAGAAACAAGAUCGCAAAACUGUGCCACACGUUCAUCAAAGAUGGAGCUAGCAUUCUGACACACUCCUGCUCGCGGGUGGUCCUCCGGGUGCUGCAGAAAGCCGCCGAAGCCAAGAAACGUUUCAGCGUUUACAUCACGCAGUCACAACCUGACUGCUCAGGUCACAAGAGCGCAGAGGCUCUGAGAAAACUGCACAUCCCCGUCACAGUCAUACUGGACGCUUCUGUCGGUUACAUCAUGGAGCAGGUGGACCUGGUGGUAGUUGGUGCUGAAGGAGUGGUGGAAAGUGGCGGCAUCAUCAAUAAGAUCGGAACUUACCAAAUGGCCGUAUGCGCCAAGGCUCACAAUAAACCCUUCUACGUGGUGGCUGAGAGCUUCAAGUUCGUCCGGCUUUAUCCCCUCAACCAACAAGAUGUUCCCAAGAGAUUUAAGUACAAGGCUGAAGUACAGAAAUCCAAGGACCUUGCGUCGGAGCAUCCGACAGUGGACUACACACCACCGGCUUUCAUCACCCUCCUGUUCACAGACCUGGGAGUGUUAACCCCGUCCGCAGUCAGCGACGAACUGAUCAAACUCUACCUGUAGUUGCCAACAUGGACAUUUAAUGUGAGUGACCCUGCACCACAGCGCUGGACAGUGGGGAGACCGGAGCAGCUUCCUGUGCGCAGGAAUUGGAAAUUCUGCAACUACGUCAGUGUGAAGACAGGAUGAGGGAAACACAGGACCAUUAUUGGUGGCUUCCUCUCCCCUCAGUCACUUGGCCGGGGGGGUGGGGUAGUGAGUUGGGGCCAGAGACGUAAGCAAUGUGUCCAGGGCAGAGUGGGGUUAGGAGAGGGGCAUAAACGAAGCCAAGCCUGAGACACUGCCCUUAUCGGGGAGAACGAGGUUUAUUAAGCUGACGCUCUGAGCCCAGUGUGGAAAGUUGGUGUUUGGUGUGGAUUCAUGUCCUGAUUUUGUAGCAAAUGCGGUUUAUCAACUGCUGCAGCCAAUAAAAUCAGUCAACCCCC